AUGAACGAAAAAACGACGCCCGAUGCGCCGCCACCAGGCGAAGCGCCACCCGGAAUCGACGAAAAGUCCGGCGCCAGCACCCGUCACGAUGCUCUGACGUGGUGUAAGAGCAUCUUUUACGAGGUCGUCUUGGGCCGCAAGACACUGCCGCCCUCCCAAUAUGGCCGUCGCAUUCCUCUCCGGCUGGACCAGGAUGCGCCUUUGGCCGAUGAGCGCCGAGGCGGCCACCCCUACGUCUCCAACACCAUCCGGACGUCCCGCUACACCAUCUACGACUUCAUCCCAAAACAACUGUUUUUCCAGUUCUCCCGCAUCGGCAACUUCUAUUUCCUCUGCGUCGGCGUACCCCAGACUAUCCUACCGCUGCUGUUUUUCGUCUUGGUUACAAUCGCAAAGGAGGGCUACGAUGACUUCAAGCGCCACCGGCUCGACAAAGUCGAAAACGCCGAAUUGGCCCGUGUUCUCAAGCAUGCAAGGCAUCGCGUCACAAGCGGCGAUGGCUGGCAGUCGAAGCUUCGCGGCUUCUUGACGAGGAACCCAACUGCGCUGGAAACGUGCAGCACAGAUGCGCCCUGGACAACGACAAGAUGGUGCGAUAUCGAGGUUGGAGACCUCAUCAAGCUAUCUAGAGACGACCCGCUCCCGGCGGAUGUCGUGCUGCUCCACGCCGACGGGGAAAACGGUCUUGCCUACAUCGAAACCAUGGCCCUUGACGGAGAAACCAACCUCAAGAGCAAGCAGGUCUCGGCAGCGUUGAAGGGCUACGAUACCCUGGAGAAGAUCAUGGCUUCCGAUGCCGAUUUCGUCGUCGAGGACCCGAACCCCGACCUGUACAAGUUCGAUGGCAAGAUCACUGUCGACGGCAAGUCGCUGCCACUCACCUCUGCCGAGGUCAUCUACCGUGGCAGCAUUCUGCGGAACACCGCAUCGGCCAUCGGCAUCGUCAUCAACACUGGCGAGGAGUGCAAGAUUCGCAUGAACGCAAACCAACACCCCAAGGCGAAGAAGCCUGCACUCGAGACCGUGGCCAACAAGAUCGUCGCGACCCUCGCCAUCUAUGUCAUCAUCUUAUCGGUUGGCUGCUCCAUGGGAUACAUCAUGUGGCAGAGGUCGCAGGAGCGAAGAACGUGGUAUCUCCAGGGAGCCCAGGUCAAGUUCCACGAAAUCAUCAUCGGCUUCAUCAUCCAGUUCAACAACGUCAUCCCGCUGGCGCUCUACGUCAGUCUCGAGAUCGUCAAGGUCGGCCAGCUGCUCAUGCUCAACUCCGACGUUGAGAUGUACCACGCCGAGACGAAUACGCCUGCGCGGUGCAACACGAACACGAUCCUCGAGAACCUGGGCCAAGUGGGCUACAUCUUCACCGACAAGACGGGCACGCUGACCGAGAACGUCAUGAAGUUCCGCAAGUUGAGCAUCGCGGGCACGGCGUGGCUUCACCAGCCCGAUGUCGACCUCGAGGCCGAGGGCGCCGAGGACAGCUCAGUCGACACCAUUUCCGAGGACAAAGGAGGAGGCCCUCGCAUCUCGACCCAGUACAUCCGAGCGGACGCCUUGGUCGAUGAUUACGUCCAGUCUCCGACGUCCCUGGGAAGGCCCUCCAUGGCCCACUCUCGCGCCCCGUCUGCGCGACGGUCCUCCUCUCAGUGGCGAUCUACGGGCCGUCCGGAUCAUGUGCAACCGGAUGUGACGACAAAGGAGCUUCUCGAGUUCAUUGCCCUGAGACCCCAUUCGCUGUUCGCCAGGAGAGCCAAGGACUACAUCCUCGCCAUGGCCCUCUGCCACACCUGUCUUCCGGAAAUCCGCGACGGCGAGGUGGAGUACCAGUCCUCGUCCCCGGACGAGUUGGCCAUCGUCCGAGCAGCACAGGAGCUCGGCUACACUGUCGUUUCCCGGACAUCAUCCAACAUCACACUACGACACGCCUCGGACGCCGGUGGGAACGGAAAGGACAUGACUUUCGACAUCCUGGACGUCAUCGAGUUCAGCAGCCACCGAAAGAGGAUGUCCAUCGUCGUACGCUACCCGGACGGACGAAUCUGCAUCAUCUGCAAAGGCGCCGACUCGGUCAUCCUCCCCAGGCUCAAGAUGGCCAACCUGGCCUUGCAAAAGGCCCAGGAUGUUCGCAGGAGCGCGGACCUGGAACACGAACUCUUGCGGAAGAGCGAGCAACAGGAGCCGAGGAUCAGCACCGGCGGCCGCGCGAGCCUGUCGCUGCGACGAAGCAUCGGGAUCACCCGUCACGCUCCGGGGCCGAGUACGAGACCUCAGGCGGCAGACCGCAGCCAGUCUUUUGAGGCGAGCAACAAGAUGGGCAAGUCGGGCGACCUUCUCCGUCCCUCGAUCAACAUCCGCACUGCGUCGUUCGAGUCACCUCCGGCCUCUCCCACCACACUCGCGCAUCAUACCCCCGAGAAGUUCGCCUUCCUCGACGAUCCCGCCAUCGCAGACGACUCGGCCGUCUUCACUCGAUGCUUCAAGCACCUCGACGACUUCGCCACCGAAGGCCUGCGCACGCUCCUCUUUGCCCAGAAGUUCAUCUCCGAACAGGACUAUCGCGCGUGGAAGAAGAACUUUGACGAAGCCGCCACGAGCUUGACGGACCGCCAGGAAAAGAUUGAAGCUGCGGCAGAGACCUUGGAGCAGUCCCUGACCCUUGUCGGCGCGUCUGCCAUCGAGGACAAACUGCAGCAAGGCGUGCCCGAGACGGUCGACAAGCUCCGACGCGCCAACAUCAAGAUCUGGAUGUUGACGGGCGACAAGCGCGAGACGGCCAUCAACAUUGCCCAUUCGGCCCGUAUCUGCCAGCCCGUCUCUGACCUGUUCACUCUCGACGUCACCAAGGGGGACCUCCACGGCCAGUUGGUUGCGCUGUCGGAGGACCUGCACUCCGGCUCGGUCCACAGCGUCGUCGUCGUCGACGGACACUCCCUGGCUUCUAUAGAGAGGUCCCCCGACUUGACGGCCCAGUUCUACGCGGUCGUGCCCUUUGUUGACUCGGUCAUCUGCUGCCGCGCCUCGCCCGCGCAAAAGGCGCUUAUGGUCAAGACCGUCCGAUCCCAGCUCCGCAAGUCAGGAAGCCGUAUGGGCCACGGAUUGACCCUUGCCAUCGGCGACGGCGCCAACGACCUGGCCAUGAUCUCCGCCAGCCACGUCGGCGUCGGCAUCUCGGGAAAGGAAGGGCUCCAGGCCGCUCGAGUGGCCGACUACGCCAUCGCCCAGUUCCGGUACCUCCAGCGCCUGCUCCUGGUGCAUGGCCGGUGGAAUUAUGUCCGGACCGCCAAGUUCAUCCUCUGCACGUUCUGGAAGGAGAUGUUCUUCUACCUGCCCACCGCCAUGUACCAGCGCUACAACGGGUACACGGGGACCUCGCUGUACGAGAUGGCCAGCCUGACCGUCUUCAACACCCUGUUCACCAGCCUCUGCGUCAUCUGCAUGGGCAUCUGGGAGCAGGACCUCAGCGCCGACACCCUGCUUGCGGUCCCGGAGCUGUACGUCUACGGCCAGCGGAACAUGGGGCUGAACCUGGUCAAGUACGCGGCGUGGAUGUUCUCGGCGGCGUGCCAGGGCGUGCUGGCGUACUGGGGCGUCUGGGCCGGAUACGUGUGGUUCGCGCACUCGAGCGACCAGGGCCUCUUUGCCGUCGGCGAUCUCGCCUUCACUCUGGGCGUCGUCUGGAUCAACUACAAGUGCUUCAUCCUCGAAACCCACCACAAGUCGGCCAUCGUGAUGGCGUGCUUCUUCAUCACCUUCUCGGGGUGGUGGGCGUGGAACGGCUUCCUGUCGUCCAUCUACGCCCGCGCCCCGUCGCCGUACGCGGUCCGAGACGGCUUCUCCAAGACGUUCGGCGCGGACUGGGUGUGGUGGCUGACGCUCGUCGUCAUGACCACCGUCUUCAUCCUCAUGGAGACCGUCUUCCGCACCUUGCAGAGGUCCAUGAUCCUGGCCGGGCUAUGGCGGUGGCCGUGGAUCCGCAAGGAGGACGACGUCUGCGCGGACGAGUGGCGGUUGGAGCUGUGGCAGGAGCUCGAGAAGGACCCGGCCGUGAGGAAGAAGCUUAGAAGGAUGGCGAGGGAUGAGGAAGAGGAGGAGGAUGAGGACGAGGACGAAGUCGUAGAAGUAGGUGGGGAUGAGGCGCGAGGUGAUGUGAGAUCAGAGAGGGCGGUUUGA